CUUUGCCUCUGAGCUCCUCCGUGUCUUCAACUCUCCCGCCCGCCCAUCAGUACAAAACUGCAGCAUGAAUCUGCGGCUCUGCGUGCAGACACUGUUGCUGCUUUGGCUCUCCUUGACUGCGGUGUGUGGAGUGCCAUUGAUGCUGCCUUCAGAUGGCAAUGGGAUGGAGGAAGGCAACCUUCACUACCUGGUGCAGCCCAGAGCUUCAAGGAAUGGACCGGGAACCUGGCAGGGUGGCCGGAGGAAAUUUCGCCGCCAGCGGCCUCGCCUCUCCCAUAAGGGCCCUAUGCCUUUCUGAAGUAGGACUGAAAACGUCCCCCCAAGUGCCUGCCCUCUCUGCAGUUCUCUCUACUCCACAGAUUCAUCUGUUUCUGUGGAGCCUUCAUAUCUGUUCAACUCUCAUCCUGCAGCUGGUAUAGCUCCUGAUGAUCCCAGCUCUUUUCACCCACCAGCUUCCUCUAAUAGUGUGGUCCUGCUUCUUAUUCAGAUGAUUCCAUUUCUCUCACAAGGAUCCAUUCAGCACAUCCUUCUGGCCACUCCCUGGACUGACUAUGGAAACUCAGCUCUUCUCUGGUCCACUGAUGCCCGAGUCCCUACCUCACCUAGCUCUGGCCUUGCCCUUCACUUGACCCUUUCCCUCCUCAUGUGUGCUCUGGCAUCUGGGUGGAAACACUCCCUUCUCAGUGGGAUCUUGCACCUCCACUAUUUCCU